AUGCGCUCCUCCAUCGCUAUCGGCGCUUUCGCGCUCGUCACCUUCGCCAUUGCCGAUGUCACUGGUGUCACCGUCACCCAAUACCCAACCACCUGCUCAGCCAGCCCAGUUGCUCCAGCUGCACCAACUUAUGGAGGCGAGACACCAAUCGACACUACCGUCACCUUGUCAUCCACCAUUACUACUGGCGCUACUGAGACAAUUCCCGUCGCUCCAACCACCACCGAGACUCCACCUCCGGCUCCUCCAGCUUCGGAGACCACAGUCCCAGUCGUGACCUCGCCAAGUGACACUGUCAUCCCACCACCUGGCACCGAGACCCCACCUCCAGCUCCAGGCCCGACCGACACUGGCGUUCCACCAGAGGCCACGACCUCCUUCAGCACCAACACCGCCAACCCGGUCGAAGGUAGCAGCACAGCCAGCGCACCAACAACUGCCUCCACCACUGAGGCACCACCAGCCGACUCGUCCACCGAAGGCGCUCCUCAGCAGACCGGCGGCGCUGACAGCUUCAAGCAACCAAGCAUCAUGGGUCUCGGUGCUGCUGUGGCUGCUUUGCUUAUCAUCUGA